UCACGGAAGGCCAGGAUGCAACGAUCAUCCAAUGGACGGUCCAGAUCCACCGCAUCCACGUAUAAAAUCCAUCGCCUCCUAUCUCGCGCGACCCCCUCUUCUUCCAGCCCUAGCCCCCCUCCCCCCCGCGCCGCCACCACCUCGCUCUCCGCCGCCGCCGCCGCCGUCUCCAACUUCAAGAUGGUGCUCUCGAACGACAUCGACCUGCUUAACCCGCCGGCGGAGCUGGAGAAGCUCAAGCACAAGAAGAAGCGCCUCGUCCAGUCCCCCAACUCCUUCUUCAUGGAUGUCAAGUGCCAGGGCUGCUUCAACAUAACGACUGUAUUCAGCCACUCCCAGACCGUGGUUGUGUGCCCGGGCUGCCAGACCGUGCUCUGCCAGCCUACUGGUGGGAAGGCCAGGCUCACGGAGGGCUGCUCCUUCCGCCGGAAGAGCGACUAGGUUAGGCUGUGUGGCUUGUUGUUACUGGGACAGAAAUGCCCUGCUGAACAAUACUAUCCCGUUACCCUUCCUGAUGUGUACUCCAUAAAUUUUGUUAAUUAUGCCUACCUGUUUACUGCCCUGCAUGAUGUAGCAAUGCGUUAUGUAUCUUGCAUUUUGUGCUGGAGAAAGCUACUUCGUAUAAUGCGUGCCCCUCCACCUUGUUCAAUUCUCUCUGUAUCCAAGAUUUUGGUUUUUGGUUUUAGCCUUGCGUUGCUCAUGAGACUAAUUUGCUUAGCUGCAAAAUAUUUUGUUACAGUGCCAA